UCUCGUGUGUACCGACUUGGAAUGAUCCCUUCUAGUUGCCGUAGGCCGUAACCGCCGUUGGCUUCCGGAAUCCGUGACGGCCCGUUGCUCCUUGGCCCUUUGCGGAGCGGAAGGGGAGCAGGUGACGAGUGGACCGGAGCAGGAUGGCUGGGCACAGACUGGUAUUAGUAUUAGGAGACCUUCACAUCCCACAUCGAUGCAACAACCUCCCAGCUAAGUUCAAAAAACUGCUGGUCCCAGGAAAGAUACAGCACAUCCUCUGCACCGGAAACCUCUGCACCAAGGAGAGCUAUGACUACCUCAAGACUUUAGCUGGGGAUGUUCACAUUGUAAGAGGAGACUUUGAUGAGAACCUGAAUUAUCCAGAACAGAAAGUUGUAACCGUUGGGCAGUUCAAAAUUGGGCUGAUCCAUGGCCAUCAAGUUAUACCCUGGGGAGAUAUGGCCAGCCUGGCACUGCUACAAAGGCAGUUUGAUGUGGACAUUUUAAUUUCAGGGCAUACACACAAAUUUGAGGCAUUUGAGCAUGAAAACAAGUUCUACAUCAACCCCGGGUCAGCCACAGGAGCUUAUAGUGCCUUGGAGAACAACAUCAUUCCUUCAUUUGUGCUGAUGGAUAUCCAAGCUUCCACAGUAGUUACCUAUGUGUAUCAACUAAUUGGAGAUGAUGUGAAAGUAGAAAGAAUUGAGUACAAAAAACCCUAAAACAAAUCUUCUGGUGCUCUUGACUAGAACAAGAGGGAAUGAGAUGGUAAAGUAACUGAGCAUUCAAGAACCACAAACUGUCUGCAAUAUUUGAUUGUUUGCAGUAUUAAAUACUUGCUAACUGCUUGUAGCCUAUAGCAGGGUAACUAGUUUAUAAUACAAAGCUUCCAGACAAUGGCACCCUCUUGCUUGUUUUCUAUGUACGGUUCAGCUUGUAAAAUAUCCUGUUAUGGUGCAAAAUGCCUUAGGUGUAUAAUCAGUCUUGUUAAAUAACUACCUUUAAUGUUGUAAUAAACUUGUUUUUCAAUCAGUCAGGUUUUAUUUAUAUAAAACCUAUUUUGAAUGAUAAACCAUUAAGGCGAAAGUUAUAUGUAACAGUUGAAAUUGUUUUGAAAUAUACUGAAUUAUACAUAAGCUUGUGACAAUAUUCUACUUGUGGUAAUAGCAUUUACAGAACCUGCACAUUUAAUGCAAUUAAGUAAUUUAUCAAUUUUUGGAAAAAAAUUAGCUUAAGCCUCUUGACACCAAAAGACUUGUCUAACCCAUGAAACUUAAACUGAAUUAAAGUAGGGUGUGAAUUCAGAGUGCAGUUGUUAUUCUGAAAUAUGCCCUAUGUGGUGGAA